AGCCGAGCGGAGCCCGAACCUCUCCGAGCGGGCCUGGGUCGUUGUCUCCGCCGCCGAGGGUCCCUGUUGUCCCCCCGGUGCAGGCCGGAGCCAUGAUCGAGGUUCUGGCCCAGCUGAGCCGUGGGCCCGUCUUCCUGGCCGGAGAGAUGCUGGAGUGUGGGAUCGUCUUCACCAACCCGCUCUCCGCCGCCUCCACCUCCGCCAGCAGUGAGAUGCUGGCGUGGGCCAGCGCCCAGAUUCACUGUCAAUUUCACUCCAGCGAGAACCGGGUGGCGUUGCCUCCCUCGGAUGACAGCAAGCAUGACGUGCAGGCCGAGAACGAGACAGUGUUUGUCCCCAACCGAGGAGAGCGGGGUCAGUGCAUCCUGUCCACACCCCCAAAGAUUCUCUUUUGUGACUUGCGCCUGGAUCCCGGAGAGUCGAAAUCCUACUCGUACUGUGAGACGCUGCCUGUGGAUGGGCCACCCUCCUUCCGGGGGCAGUCGGUGAAGUACGUGUACAAGCUGACCAUCGGCUGCCAGCGGGUGAACUCGCCCAUCAAGCUGCUGCGGGUGCCCUUCCGGGUGCUGGUGCUGCACGGGCUCAAAGAUUAUCAGUUCCCACAGGACGAAGUGGUCGCCCCCUCGAACCCCUUUCUGGAGGAGGAGGAGGGAGUGAAGAAAGACUCCCGGCUGGCGGACCUGGCCACGGAGCUGCUGAUGGCAGCCACCUCCCGGCGCAGCCUGCACGUGUAUAACAUCAGCAACACCCGGGGCAAGGUGGGCAAGUUCGGGAUCUUUAAGACUGUCUAUAAGAUUGGAGAAGACAUUCUGGGGACCUUUAACUUCUCGGAAGGGGACAUCCCCUGUCUGCAGUACUCGGUGAGCCUGCAGACAGAGGAGAGUAUCCAGGAGGAGUUCCAGCGGCGGCAUGGGCAGCCCGUCUCCUACAGCACACACGCCCGCCACCAGGAAUCCUGUCUGCAUACGGCCAGGAGCAGCUUCAGCCUCCCCGUCCCGCUGAGCUCCACGCCCGGCUUCACCACCAACAUUGUGUCUCUGAAGUGGAGGCUGCACUUUGAGUUCGUGACCUCCCGAGAGUCGGGGGAGGCCCACACGGUCCCUGAGAACCCGUCGGAAACCAUCACCUGGACUGGGGUGGAGCAAAUCGAAGUGGAUACCUUCAGCUGGGACCUGCCCAUCAAAGUCCUGCCGACCAAUCCCGUCCUGGCCUCCUACGUGUCCCAGUUCUCCAGCACAAACUCCAUCACUAUCUGAGCUGGGGCAGGACCUAGGUGGGAGCCUGGGGCGCCAGUCACACUGCCCGCUCAGGACGGUAGCCGCUGAGUGGCAGGGCACAGGCCCACUC